AUGAACUUUUUCCUGAAGCUGUCCGUCACCGGCGACCUCUUAAUGAUCGUACACUUAGGACCGGGAGAUCUGUCAGUGGAUUACCACAGGAAGAAGUGGAUCGAUAGCGUAGAUGACAACAUGAAAGUAUUUGCAGUGUUUUCGUUAUUAUUCAUUACCGUAAAUGCGGUCCCAUUUCUAGACAAAUUACGGGAACCCCAUGUGGGAAAGACCUGGGUGGUAUUGGCUGCUAGUUCAGAGGGCUGGAUAAACUAUGGCAUGGAGGCGGACGUAUACCACGCCUACCAAGUGGUUCGUCAACACGGAAUACCCGACGAAAACAUAAUUGUUAUGCAUUCCGAUGAUAUCGCUCACAGUUCGAAAAACCCGACCCCCGGUGUAGUCAUCAACCGAGUCGGCGGUAAAGAUGUCUACAAAACCCCGUAUGAAGUGCCCAAACACUACAUCGGCAAAGAUGUCACCCCUGAGAACUUCUUGGGUAUUCUUAAAGGUGACGAAAAAUUAGAGAAAGGGGGCAAAAAGGUAGUCAAGAGUGGACCCAACGAUCGUAUAUUUGUCUACUUAGAUGACCAUGGUGGUGAUGAGGUCGUAUUUUUCCCAACAACUACAUUGCUCGCUAAGGAUCUGAAUAAUGUGCUCAUAGACAUGCAUAAAGAAAACAAAUUCUCCCAGCUAGUAUUUUAUCUGGCUGCUUGCGAAGCUGGCUCAAUGUUUGCCAAACUAUUGCCCACGGAUAUCAAUGUGUACGCAUUGACUGCAACAUUGCCUGGUGAAUUAGGCUGGAAAGCCGAAAGUGACCAUACUAAUCUUAACACGUAUCUAGCUGUAUUUUUUGCGGUUACCUGGCUCGAUGACAGCGAACACAACGAUUUGACCAAGGAACUUAUCGCGACCCAAUACGAAUACAUAAAGAUACAUAAUAAUUUCACCAUGGAUGGCAGUAACUAUAGUCAGCACGCUCAACAAUACGGCGAUUUAUCUAUUGCCACCAAACAGCAUGUGUCUAAUUAUAUGGGUGAAAAAAAGGUGCCAGUUAAUAGCAAACACGUGCCAUAUAAACCCAGUGGUAUGGCACCAAUUCGUGACUCGGAGUUGUACCGUUUGCAGCAUAAAAUUAAGAUCACAAAUGACAUUGAUGAAAAGUUACAAUAUGUCCAGCAAUUACAGAGUUUAUUAAACGGGAGACAAUUGUUGGACAAACAGAUCGCGGAAUACGUGAAUGAAUUGCCGGCAAUUGACGCCAAUAUCGCAUUGAAUGGCAAACUAGAGCUCAAUAACAGAGACUGUUAUAAACAAUUGGUUAACACUUUCAAUGAUCACUGCUAUGUGUUUAGUAGAAACACAUACGCUAUAAAUAAGCUUGAAAGCUCAUUUAUAAGUCCCGUUCCCUUUUACAAUCAAUAA